AAAACGCUUUUAUGGUAUUAGAGCUUUUCGGUGAGGAAAAGAAACAAUGGCUCCUUCAGUUCGUUCCCAAUCAACACCAUCUUACCCAUAUCCUGCCACGCUGAAUGUGGCUAACUUUGUUUCCCUUCAACUUACUUUAGACAACUAUGUUCUUUGGAAAACCCAAAUGAUGGCUUUGAUUGAAAGUCAAGAGUUGUUGGGAUUUAUCAAUGGGGAAUAUGAGAUGCAUAACCCCAAGGUACUUUCAAAUGAAGAGGAAGUACCAAAUCCAACUUAUGCAGCUUGGAGACGGUUUGAUCGUCUUCUUCACAGGUGGAUUACCGAUACCUUAUCUAAAGAGGUACUUGGAAUUACUGUUGGCCUUGAAACUUCAUUAGAAGUUUGGAAGGUACUGGAGGAUCACUUUGCACAAAGCUCUCAAGACAAGGAGUUUCAUUUGAUGCAGGAGCUUUCAAGUAUUAAGAAGGGAGAUGAUACUCUAAAUGAGUAUAUCAGAAAAUUCAAAUAUAUUUGUGAUGAACUCUCUAUUGGUAAGACAAUCUCUGACAAAAACAAAGUUUAUUGGUUUUUGCAGGGGUUAAGACCGAGUUAUGAAAAUUUUGUUACAACUUGCUUAAACCCCCUGUUCCAUCACAAAGAACUUAUCCCUCUCCUAAAAAGCCUUGAGUCACGUAACUCUCACCAUCAACAAAAUGCCCCACCUCCUCAAAUGGCUUUCCUUACACAAAAAUCAAAUGGGAAAGGAAAUGGCCAGAGUUUGUUUAGCUCAAAAGGGAAAGGUUUUGUUCAAACUAGCACUAACAACAAGUCAAGUGUUGGUUUUAAGCUUAUUGCAGAGAAUUCGGGAAGCACUAAAGCUAAGGCUAAUGGAAAGGAUAUUGAGAAACGACUUGACGUGGUUUGUCAAAUAUGCAACAAGCAUGGUCAUGUCGCUCUUAAAUGCUUCAAUCGCUUGAAUCAUGCAUAUCAAGCUGAUGACAUUCCUCAAGCCUUAGCAGCAAUGACUAUAAAUCAAAAUGAUCUAGCAGAAUGGUAUCUAGACACCGGGGCAGAGGCUCACAUGACCAGCAACUUUGAGAAUAUAAAUGCUAUGGAUUCUACCUAUUCUAAAGCUCACAUGGGUCCUACACAAUCAACUGCUAUAAGCCAAGAGUCAUCUCUAGCUAAUGAUGAUGGAGGCCAUGCAACCUCUUGUAUUGUCAACCCAGCCAUUGCUAUUGAAGACCAAAUUGCACCAUAUACUGCUAGUAUUGAGCAGCAAGAAGAGAUGGGUAAUAAAGACAGUGAUGCCUCAAUAUCUACUUUUGACUCAACCAUGACGCUAGCUCAAGUUGCAAACCCAAUAGAGAAUAGCCCAAGCUCAUGUUCUCAUCCCAUGAUCACAAGGGCACAAUGGGGAAUUUGCAAACCAAACCCAAAAUAUGCUGCCUUACAAGUCCAUUCCAAGACUUCACUCAUUCCAAUGGAACCAAAAUCCAUUAAGUCAGCCUUGCAACAUCUAAGUUGGACAAAAGCUAUGCAUGAGGAGUUGUCUGCUCUUAAGGAAAACCAGACAUGGGACCUUGUACCUCGCACGAAAGACACGAACAUAAUAGGCAGCAAAUGGGUUUUCAAGACAAAAUUAAAAUCAAAUGGAAGUCUAGACAGGUUGAAAGCUCGACUUGUAGCAAAAGGCUUUCAUCAACUUGAUGGAAGCAACUCAACUCUUAUUGACUGGUGCAUGGGUGAACUUGCACAAGAGCUUGCUAUCAAGGAUUCAAGAACCCACACUAUUUUCUUGGAAUUGAGGUGCAUUCUAACAAGUCUGGUCUUUUCCUAUGCCAAUCCAAAUAUGCUCGUGAACUACUUCAAAAGGCGUAAAUGAACCAAGCAUAUUGAACUAGAUUAUCAUUUUGUUAGAGAAAAGGCUGCAUUGGGAAAUCUUAUCACUCGUUUUGUGAAGUCAGAAUCACAAAUAGCAGAUAUCUUUACAAAGCCCUUGCCUAAGCAUUGUUUUAAGGAGCUCUGUGUCAAACUUGGCCUCUGUCAACUACCACGACCUAGUUUGCAGGGGAGUAUUGAAGGCAUAAUCAACCACCGUAAUCAAGGAAAUGAAGGAGAAAAGCAAAAGGUGGAAAUCAAGGAAAUUAUUACCAAAGAAAAAGCACAAGUCAGCAACGGUCGAGAAGCUAGCAACAGUCAAGAGCAAGUCAAAAGAGCAAUCCAAGGAAAUAAUACAAAGAAAGAAUAGGAAAGGAUCUCAAAGCUAAUCAAAAUAUGGCCGUUGUACAUAAAUGCAUUCUUUAUAUUGGUAAUCUUGACUUAAUAUCAAUGAUUCCUAAAAUCAUGCUAUAUGUAAUCUGUAAAUAAUAUAAAUAGUGAAAAAUCCU